CAGAAGGCCGUGCGAGUCCAGAAGAAGAGCCCCGGCCGCUGUGGAGCGCCGGCCGCUGUAGGAACAGCGCGAGCUGAGGUGGCUGCGGGUGGUCCCCCGCGCUGGUGGUCUGUAUAGAAGCAGAGGGUCUUGGAACCAGGACACAGCUCCGAGCCUCUGUCGCAGUCACGGGUGCUGGCCUGGAGGAUUCCACUUCUCUGCCCACUGGCCGGGCCUGGGGCGGGAUGUAGGGCGCUGGCGCGAAGGCCGCCGGCGCAGCGCGGCGAUCUCGUAGGACGCGCUGAGGAUGGAGAGAGCGAUGGAACAGCUUAACCGCCUGACGCGCUCGCUGCGCCGUGCUCGCACCGUGGAGUUGCCGGAGGAUAAUGAAACUGCAGUUUACACAUUAAUGCCAAUGGUUAUGGCUGAUCAACACAGGUCUGUUUCUGAACUACUGUCAAAUUCAAAAUUUGAUGUCAAUUAUGCAUUUGGACGUGUGAAAAGAAGCUUGCUUCACAUUGCAGCAAAUUGUGGAUCAGUGGAAUGCUUGGUUUUGCUGUUAAAGAAAGGAGCAAAUCCUAACUAUCAAGAUAUUUCAGGCUGUACACCUCUUCAUUUGGCAGCUAGAAAUGGGCAGAAGAAAUGUAUGAGUAAAUUAUUAGAAUACAGUGCUGAUGUCAACAUUUGUAAUAAUGAAGGCCUUACAGCAAUACACUGGCUGGCUGUGAAUGGGCGGACAGAACUGCUCCAUGACCUCGUGCAACAUGUCAGUGAUGUCGAUGUUGAGGAUGCAAUGGGGCAGACAGCACUGCAUGUGGCCUGCCAGAAUGGACACAAAACAACAGUGCAAUGCUUGCUAGACAGUGGUGCUGAUAUUAACAGGCCAAAUGUGUCAGGAGCCACUCCAUUGUACUUUGCUUGCAGUCAUGGUCAGAGAGAUACAGCACAGAUUCUUCUAUUACGAGGAGCCAAAUAUUUGCCAGAUAAAAAUGGAGUAACUCCUCUGGAUUUAUGUGUACAGGGUGGAUAUGGAGAGACUUGUGAAGUAUUAAUUCAGUAUCAUCCUAGGCUUUUUCAGACUAUUAUUCAAAUGACACAGAAUGAAGACCUCCGAGAAAACAUGCUACGGCAAGUUCUGGAGCAUUUGUCUCAGCAAAGUGAAAGCCAGUACCUAAAGAUUCUAACAAGCCUUGCUGAAGUUGCUACAACAAAUGGUCACAAGCUGCUUAGCCUAUCUAGCAAUUAUGAUGCUCAAAUGAAGAGCCUUUUAAGGAUUGUGAGGAUAUUUUGUCAUGUCUUUCGAAUUGGCCCUUCCUCCCCCAGUAAUGGAAUCGAUAUGGGUUACAAUGGGAACAAAACUCCAAGAAGCCAGGUGUUCAAGCCUCUGGAAUUGCUUUGGCACUCAUUAGAUGAAUGGCUAGUUUUAAUAGCCACAGAAUUGAUGAAAAACAAAAAGGACUCAACAGAUAUCACUUCUAUUUUACUGAAACAAAAAGGCCAAGAUCAAGAUGCCACUUCCAUUCCACCAUUUGAACCUGGGAGCUAUGAAAAUCUAUCCACUGGCACAGGGGAAUCUAAACCAGAUGCUCUUGCAGGGAAACAGGAAGCCAAUGCAGAUUGUCAGGAUGUUAUUUCUAUGACAGCCAACCGGCUAAGUGCUGUCAUUCAAGCUUUUUACAUGUGCUGUUCUUGUCAGAUGCCUCCAGGAAUGACUUCACCCCGUUUUAUUGAAUUUGUCUGCAAACAUGAUGAAGUUUUAAAAUGUUUUGUUAACAGAAAUCCUAAAAUUAUUUUUGACCACUUUCACUUUCUCCUUGAAUGUCCUGAGUUGAUGUCAAGAUUCAUGCAUAUCAUAAAAGCACAGCCAUUUAAAGAUCGCUGUGAAUGGUUCUAUGAACAUUUGCAUUCAGGACAACCAGAUUCAGACAUGGUGCACAGGCCAGUAAAUGAAAAUGACAUUCUGCUGGUUCACAGAGAUUCUAUUUUUAGGAGUAGCUGUGAAGUUGUAUCAAAAGCAAACUGUGCAAAGCUAAAACAAGGGAUUGCUGUACGAUUCCAUGGAGAAGAAGGCAUGGGUCAAGGUGUUGUUCGAGAGUGGUUUGAUAUUCUGUCUAAUGAGAUAGUCAAUCCCGAUUAUGCAUUGUUUACCCAGUCAGCGGAUGGAACAACUUUUCAGCCUAAUAGCAACUCCUAUGUAAAUCCUGAUCACUUGAACUAUUUCCGGUUUGCUGGCCAGAUCUUGGGAUUAGCUUUGAACCAUAGGCAGUUGGUCAAUAUUUACUUCACACGAUCAUUCUACAAACACAUUCUUGGUAUUCCUGUAAAUUACCAAGAUGUAGCAUCCAUUGAUCCAGAAUAUGCCAAAAAUUUGCAGUGGAUUUUAGAUAAUGAUAUUAGUGAUCUAGGUCUAGAAUUAACUUUUUCUGUUGAAACUGAUGUGUUUGGAGCAAUGGAAGAGGUGCCUUUGAAACCUGGGGGUGGAGGUAUUCUUGUGACACAAAAUAACAAAGCAGAGUAUGUCCAGCUUGUUACUGAACUUCGAAUGACUAGAGCCAUUCAGCCUCAGAUCAAUGCUUUUUUACAGGGCUUUCAUAUGUUUAUUCCACCUUCUCUCAUACAGCUUUUUGAUGAAUAUGAAUUGGAGCUACUGCUUUCUGGCAUGCCAGAAAUUGAUGUGAGUGAUUGGAUAAAAAAUACAGAAUACACAAGUGGCUAUGAAAGAGAAGAUCCAGUUAUUCAGUGGUUCUGGGAAGUUGUAGAAGACAUUACUCAAGAGGAGAGAGUUCUUCUAUUGCAGUUUGUUACUGGCAGUUCCAGGGUCCCGCAUGGUGGGUUUGCUAAUAUCAUGGGUGGAAGUGGAUUGCAAAACUUUACAAUUGCUGCUGUGCCAUAUACCCCAAAUCUUUUACCAACUUCAAGCACAUGCAUCAACAUGCUCAAGUUACCUGAAUAUCCAAGUAAAGAAAUACUCAAGGACAGACUUCUUGUGGCACUACAUUGUGGCAGCUAUGGUUACACAAUGGCAUAAUGGAGUCCAGAAGACCCAUCUGACUACUGAUGCACAAUUCAGAGUGGUAGAAUCAAUUUAGAAAACUGUCAACAGAGAAGCAGCCUAAAUGCAACCCAUAGGCAGGGCUGAUGCUUAAAAUUUAUAAAGGAUCAAGUUUUCUGUUUUCUUUCUGUUUUCCCAUUUAUGUUUUCUCUGUGAUACAGUUUGAGAAUAUAAAAAUCACAGUAGACUUCAUUUUAAAAAUGUUAAUUGAAAGUAGAAACUUUUUUUUCCCUAUUUCUUUAAUCUGAUUUAAGAUUUUGUUAAGGCAAAAUCUUAUUCUACAUUCCACAUGUGCUAUGUAACUGUACUGUUAAAAGGGUAUUUUCUCUUAUUUUCCUAUAUAUUAAAUUAUAUGAGGACAUCCAACUGGUAUGUUCUAUUGCAUGUAAAGUGCCAUUUAUAUUUUGGAAAACUAUUGUAUAGAAUGGAUUAAUUUAGAUUGUGUAUAAAGUUACAAAUAUGUAUUUUCCCACGUUGUAUCUAUAUUGCAAUGAUGUUUUUUUAGCUUUUUAGUAUUUUAAUAUAUAAUAUAAAAUUUAGGCUGAUUAAUAACAAACAGCUGAUGAAAUUAAAUCUGAUUUAUAUAUUAGAGCUUAGACUAUAUUAUGAAUUAUUUGCAUUUUUCCAUGGUCAGUUUUCACAUGUACAAUAUUGUGGCUUUGAAGUUUUUCUUAUGCCUUAUUUUAAUUUGUAAUGAAGGUAAAAUUAAAAUAUAGUAUUUUACUGUAUUUCUUUACAUUUGUCUGUAAACUCUGAUGACAUAUUUGAAGAAGUAAUCUGUUCUGUAGGUUACAAUUUAAGUAUGUAAUGUUUUAUUUCUUAAGUUUGCUUUUUGUAAACUUUUGCUCAAAUGAAAUGCCUAAAUACAGAACAUUGGGUUUUUGAAUUUUUGGAUGA